AUGCCAAUAUAUUCUGCACUACAUUGCCAGAUAUGCGGCGUUGGGUUUUCCAUUCCACGCUUCUACAGACCAGACGAGGUCGCAUCCGUUCCUCGCAGCAGAUAUGGCACCACGAGCGGAGCUCAGGCCGCAGCUCGCGUGGGGACCGGCUGCUGCUCCGAAGUAAACGGCAUGCACGUGGCGGGAACCAGGUGUUACCAUACUAGAGCCUACUCCGGAUGGCGAGUCUUCGAGAAGGACAUAAACGACAUCAACACCGUCGUCUGUCUAUACUCAAAGAGACGCCAUUGGAGGCCUGCGCCUGGCGACGAAGACUUCGAGAUCCGAGCCAAGAGUUGCGGCGUCACCGGGGUCUCGCAUGCGCCUGUUCUCAGCGACGUCCUAGUCCAUAGUAUACAGCCUGCCAAGCACGGGAUCCGUAAAGUAACAGUAGACAACAGAGGUUUACACCGUGGACUUAACGGCCCCUACGCCCUUCCCAUGCAUCCAGCCUGCUUUGAGAUAUUCAAAAGACAGAGCCUGAGGAUUAAAGGGUUCGUGGAUAUCGAUCUCUUAUGGAAUCUCCGAGAGCGUCUUGGAGUAACUUCUUCUUAUCGGUUUGUUGGUCUCCCAGCACCUCCGGAGUUGAUCCGUUGCGCUAGAUGGUCCCUGUACCCGGAAGUGUGGAAAUGCAUCAACGGCACCGAGUGGCUGACAGCCAACCCCCAUCAGGUCAUCGGCUUGCCGCAAUUACUCAGUAAUAAAUGCCAGAGGCAAACUUUUGGAAGCACCGUCGUAUUCCCGGCCUGGGAUAAGGUGACACCCAGCGAUCCUUUCCGGCUACUACCAGCAGAGAUCAAGUGCAUCAUCUUGGAGGACCUGGACCGCAAGACUGUCGGCAACUUACGACGCGUCUCGCGCAGCUUUCGCCAGAUCCCAACGUCCUACUUCCGCCCUCUAGUCCAUAAGGAAAUGCCUUGGCUAUGGGAAGUCCUCGAUGACCCAAACGCAAACAUGAAAUACGACUGGUUCGAACUCUUCAACACCAUCCACACAAGCGAGCGCUUGGGUAUAUUCUGGAGCAAGAGAGACGAGGUUGACGGGACAAAACUGGAAGUGGGUCCCGACUACAUGGCAGAUUUGUUGCAAGAGGACCCAGACAUUAAGCGAGCGAGCGAAGAUUUCAAGAAAAUAAAGCUGGAAAACUCUCUGCAUCUGUGCCACCAGCUAUAUCCCGCAGAAGACCCAUCACUAAGGGGUCUGAGAAACCGAAAAAGGAUUUGGGAGGAUGUGGAGAAGAUCUUUGCCCUGGCGGAAAAGGAGGGUAUCAACUAAGUACCCUAGGCACUAGGUGGAAUACACGAGGUGUAGAAGCUUUCGCUUCCAUCAUCUCUUGAUAUACAGACGGUGGUCUAAAAGUUUGGCGUUUAGGUUGCCUUCAUCAUAAAGAUAGGCGCGA